CAGACUGUUCUGCAGUAACACAGGUGGAUGUUAAAGCAGGGAAUCUGUUGAAAAGAUUGCGGAGGAACUGCUUCCCUAAAGCAGUGUUGGAUGGCAUUUUGAUGGCAGUCAGCUAUGGUUGACAUGAUGAAAGAAGCACUAGAAAAACUUCAGCUCAAUAUAGUUGAGAUGAAAGAUGAAAAUGCAACCUUAGAUGGUGGAGAUGUCUUAUUUACAGGCAGAGAAUUUUUUGUGGGCCUUUCAAAAAGGACAAAUCAACGAGGUGCUGAAAUCUUGGCUGAUACUUUUAAGGACUAUGCAGUCUCCACAGUUCCCGUGGUUGAUGCUUUGCAUUUGAAGAGUUUCUGCAGCAUGGCUGGGCCUAACCUGAUCGCAAUUGGGUCUAGUGAAUCUGCACAGAAGGCCCUCAAG